AUGUCAGGAAAAUCAAGAGACUAUUUUGGAACUUUGAAAUCAGCUGGGAGAACAGUGUUGAAGGAAGAUAGUGCAGGAGCUUUUAAGUAGGUCCCUGAAACUCCUUCACAUAUAAAGAAAUAUAGAAAAUCUUACAAGCAUUAAUUUGGCUGUUCUAUUUUACAUCCUGGAUUAGUUGAUGCUCCGAAACCAUAAGGAAAUUGGGUAUAUGGAAGAAAGACAGAUUAAUCAGACAAGGUAGGAGAAUUAUUUAGACAAUAGCCAUAAGGUAUAAGAGAAUUAAUCAAUGAAAUUAAUGAAUAAAAAUAUGCAUCUCAUAUUAAGGAGCCAUUAGGUACAAUGCCAACUAGAAAUUAUAAUUGGCCUGAUGAAGCUAAGUCUGAUGGAUUUGCUUUUGGUCAGAAGAUCCCUCCAUCUGAGUAUUCAGCUAAGGAGGUUGUGUUUCCUCCUGAUGCUGAAAGAGAUGAGGAAAAGAUUAGAUUGAUGUAUUUGAAAAGUCAUGGAAAUUUUGAAGCAGGAGAACAGAAAAAUAGAGAAUAUAAUUGGAAGAUCAAUCCUAAUGAUUAUAGAUUUGGCAAAAAGGAGGAAAGAGAAUAGGAAUAGGUGAAGAAAAUAUUAUAGCAUGAACUCACUUAGAAUUAAUAUCCUAAAACUACUAUAAUCUCAAAGAAUCAAGAAGAUUGGAAGAAUUACAAUGAGGACCCUUUAGGAAAACCAAAAAAUCAAGCAUAAUUAAAUCUUAGAAUGCCAUAAAUAUUUGGAGAAAUGAAAAAAAGAUGA